AUGCGCCAGGCACUGCGCAGAGAGCAGAGCUUGCAUUCACAUUCGAUGUUCGCAGGCGCUGGCGUUUACAUUGACCGCACCCGAGCCCUUCGAAAGACUCCCAACUAUUGUUGCCCUGUCGCAGACAGUGGAAGUAGAGAGAAGCCUGAGCUGGAAUGUUCAUUUUCAAAUCUAAACUGCCCUCAAGUUCAGAGAGCUUGGAUCUGGGAUUUUGCUUUGGGUCCAUCUCAAAAUAUCUCUGACUUCAGUAGAAUAUCGUGCCUGGAAGAGCUUAUACUGUCUUGCAGUGGAACAGAAUCGGUAGAAGAUAACACCUUCAAAGCUCUGAGCACCUUGAAGAUCCUGGAACUCUGGAAGAAUAAAUUAAGGCGCAUACCCACUCCCCUCCCAUCCAGUCUUGAAGUAUUAAAACUUGGUGACAAUUCAAUUAGUGUUCUGCAUGAGUCGGAUUUUGAAGGCUUAAAGAAAUUAAGGGUGCUUGACAUUCAAAACAACUUGAUUUUGGCAGUCUCUUUCAGCACGCUUUCCUCCCUUUGCAGUUUACAGAGUCUGACUUUGGAUGGUAAUAAUAUGGAAUCUGUGUCUGGGCCACUUAAGCUUCCCGAACUGAAGUAUCUGAGUAUGGAGAAUAACAAACUACAUUCUUUCUCAGCCAGCUUCUUUGCACCACUCCAACAUUUACAGUUUCUCAGAUUAACUGGCAAUCUUCUGACCAAGGUCCCUCUUAACCUGCCUAAGUCCCUGCUUUCAUUAAAACUAGAGAGAAACCAACUCAAAAUUAUAAGAUUUCGAGACAUGAAACACCUGGAAAACCUGUCUGAGCUUUUCCUCUCUGAAAAUCAGCUCUCAUCAGUUGAUGGUGCCCAGUUUCUUCCCAACUUAACCACCCUGGAGCUGUCCAGGAACCACCUCCAAACCAUGCCACUCAGACUAUCAGCCAGACUACAGAAACUUGACUGUAGCAAUAACUUCAUUCAGAGAGUGACAGUCCAGGGCUUCCAGGAUCUACGAGACCUCAAGCAUUUGUUUCUUGACAACAACACUGUCAGCACGUUUGAGGCUGGAGCGCUUCAUGCAUGUGCACAACUAUCUAACCUAGCACUGGAACAAAACCUGCUUAUUUCUAUUCCAUUAAGACUUCCAGAUACUCUAGCCAGGUUGGAUCUAAAAGGAAAUGACAUACAAAAUGUUGGAGAACGAGAGCUAAAGGACUUGAAACAGCUCCAGGUUUUAAAUCUACGGAACAACAAGAUAUCUGCCUUGGAUCGCAAAGUCCUAGAAAAUCUGCCUCGUCUCAAGUACCUGUAUUUGGAUGGAAACCCAUGGAAUUGCACCUGUGACCUUCUGAGAACCAGAAGAGUGCUGAUGGCCAAAGGGACAGAUGUCAGAGGAGGACAGUGUGCAGCACCAGCAGAAAGCCAAGGUGAAAGCUGGAUGUCUUCCAAAAAGAUUCUGCAGCGGUGUGAAGACCACCUCUCUUCAACUGAACAAGGCAAAGAGGUCAGAAAAAAAAUGAAGACUGAUGACCUCUCCAGUGAAGGUGUAAACAUGGAUGAUGAUUAUUAUGAUUAUGAAAUAGAUUAA